UUCCAUUUUGGCCGCUCAAAGCUUGCGAGUUCUCCAUUUCUAGGGUUUUUCGCUCCCCCGAAUCCCCGCACCCAAAAUGACGAAGAGAACAAAGAAGGCUGGUAUUGUUGGGAAAUACGGCACCCGAUAUGGUGCUAGUUUGAGGAAGCAGAUUAAAAAGAUGGAAGUCAGUCAGCACAGCAAGUUUUUUUGCGAGUUUUGCGGGAAGUAUGCGGUGAAGAGGAAGGCUGUUGGGAUUUGGGGCUGCAAAGAUUGUGGAAAAGUUAAAGCUGGAGGCGCCUACACCCUGAAUACUGCGAGUGCCGUAACAGUUAGGAGCACCAUAAGGAGGCUCAGGGAGCAGACAGAGAGCUAGAAGUUUUGCUUUUUGUUAGUCUUUUAUUAUGUCUCCUCAGGUCUCAUACUUGUAUAAUAUUGUUGACACCAAGUUUAAUGUUCAAUGGUUUAAGGAGUGACAAAAUGCUGCUACUUGGUAGCGAGAAUCAUCAUCUAAAAGAAUUUGCAACUC